UGUAGCAGACAAUAAACUCAUAGAUGUGGUUACUGAACUCUCAGAAUCAGUAGGUGCCCAAAUGACAGCGACACCACGAGGCAUCAGGGGAACGGGAGCUGGGCGGGAGGAGAGGAGGGUGCGCUCAGCUCGGUUUGGUUGCACAGGCAAUGGAGCAGAGGUGUAACUGAUCCCAGCUGCUGCCGUGAGGGAGCCAGAGCUAUUUCCGUCCCCCGUGGGUUAGUCACGUGUCCUCGGGGAGCCUCAGUUUGAGCUGCACGUCUUGGAGGGAGAAGGAGCGGGAGCGCACCGUUACGCACAGCCGAGUUGGGUCGCAGCAUCUCUGACAAGCGUUGAUGACCCGGCGGCGGAUCAACCAGAUCACUUUUGUUUCGGGGCGUUGUCGUGCACGCUCCUCGGUGGCGUGUGUGCGACUCAGAUCCAUCGCGGUCUGACUCAGUGUGCGUGUGUGUGUGAUCCCUCAGUCACCGACUCGUCAAAACUUCUGCGCUCGCCAGCUGUGAUCCUUACUGCGGGCGUCACAUUGUUGCCAUCCACCGCCACGAGUCGACGCACGGAGCUGUCAGCGCGGAGCGAGCCCAUCAACGUCCACCGUGGUGCUGCUCUUUGCUAACUAGGCUGCCUCUCCGAGCCCACAGGUAUCUGGCCAGCUUCUGUGGGAUUUGAUGUCACCUUCAGAUUGGUUCAACUGAAGAUGGAAACACUGGAGUCUGAGCUGACCUGCCCGAUCUGCCUGGAGUUGUUUGAAGAUCCUUUGCUCUUGCCCUGUGCCCACAGUCUGUGCUUCAACUGUGCCCACCGCAUCCUGGUGUCCCACUGCUCCACCAGCAAGCCCCUUGAGUCCAUCUCAGCCUUUCAGUGCCCCACGUGCCGUUACGUCAUCACGCUGAAUCACCGCGGGCUGGAGGGCCUUAAGCGCAAUGUGACGCUGCAGAACAUCAUUGACCGCUUUCAAAAGGCCUCCCUUAGUGGCCCCAACUCCCCUACUGAGAGCCGGCGCCUGCAGCCGCAGCGGCCCUACACCGCCACCAUUAGCGGUACAGUAGCUGGAACAAUUGGCGGCGGUGGUGGUGGCACGAGUGGAAGCAGUGCCCGCGGCAGCCCGGCCACUUCCAGCCACUCCCACCCGCACGCCAAUCACACCAACCACACCAAUCACGUGAACCACACCAACGCCAACCACAGCCCGGCUGUCGUUGCUAAAAUGGAUCCUCGCAUCAGCUGCCAGUUCUGCGAGCAGGAUCCGCCGCGUGAAGCCGUCAAGACGUGUGUCACGUGCGAGGUGUCGUACUGUGACCGCUGCCUGCGUGCAACACACCCGAACAAGAAGCCAUUCACCAGCCACCGCCUGGUGGAGCCGGUGCCAGACACUCACAUCCGUAGCCUGACUUGUCUGGAGCAUGAGAAUGAGAAGGUCAACAUGUACUGCUUGGUGGACGAUCAGCUCAUCUGUGCGCUCUGCAAGCUGGUGGGGCGCCACCGAGAGCACCAGGUGUCCUCGCUCACCGAGCGCUUUGACAAGCUCAAGGCUUAUCAGGUGAGCCCGGGCAGAGUGUCAGAUGCGGUAAUGGAGGCUUCAAAGACAAGCGCUGCGCAAACCCUGGAGAACAACCUGACCAACCUGGUGAAGAGGAACAGUGAACUUGAAAACCAAAUGGCAAAGCUCAUCCAGAUCUGCCAGCAGGUUGAGGUGAACACAGCCAUGCAUGAAGCUAAACUGGUGGAGGAGUGUGACGAACUGGUGGAGAUCAUUCGCCAGAGAAAGCAGGUCAUCGCUGUGAAGAUCAAAGAGUCAAAGGUGAUGAAACUGCGUAAGUUGGCUCAACAGAUCGCAAACUGUCGCCAGUGUCUGGAACGUUCCAGUGCGCUCAUCACACAAGCCGAGCAGAGCCUGAAGGAGAACGACCACGCCCGCUUCCUCCAGACCGCCCGAAAUGUAGCAGAAAGGGUUGCCAUGGCGACGGCUUCCUCCCAAGUACUCAUCCCUGACGUCAACCUGAACGAGGCAUUUGACAACUUUGCCCUGGAUUUUUCCAGAGAGAAGAAGAUUUUAGAAGGACUAGAUUAUCUAACAGCUCCCAACCCGCCGUGCAUAAGAGACGAGCUCUGCACCGCCUCCCAUGACACCAUCACUGUUCACUGGACGUCAGAGGACGAAUUCAGUGUCACCUCCUACGAGCUGCAGUACACCAUCUACACCGGCCAGACUAAUUUCAUCAGUUUGUACAACUCGGCGGACAGCUGGAUGAUCGUACCAAACAUCAAGCAGAACCACUACACAGUGCACGGCUUGCAGAGCGGCACCCGUUACAUCUUCUUUGUGAAGGCCAUCAACCAGGCAGGAAGUCGCAACAGUGAGCCCGCACGUCUCAAAACCAACAGUCAACCCUUCAAGUUGGACCCAAAGACGGCCCACAAGAAGCUCCGCCUGUCCAACGACUGUCUGACCAUGGAGAAGGACGAGAGCUCGCUAAAGAAGAGUCACACCCCGGAGCGCUUCAGUGGCACAGGCUCAUAUGGAGCAGCGGGUAAUGUCUUCAUUGACAGUGGGUGCCACUACUGGGAGGUGCUGCUUGGAGCAUCUACAUGGUAUGCCAUUGGCGUGGCCUACAAAUCAGCCCCAAAGAACGAAUGGAGCGGCAAGAACUCGUCCUCGUGGGUGUUCUCACGCUGCAAUAACAACUUCAUGGUGCGCCACGACGGCAAGGAGAUGCUGGUGGAGGCGAGCCUGCAGCUGAGGCGGCUGGGCGUCCUGCUAGACUAUGACAACAAUUCUCUGUCCUUCCACGAUGCAAUGAACUCCCAGCACAUUCACACCUUUGAAGUCUCCUUCCUCCUGCCCGUCGUACCUACCUUCAUGAUCUGGAACAAGUCGGUCAUGAUACUCUCAGGGCUGCCCGUCCCUGACUUUGUUGAUGGUGUGGCCUCAGAUCUACAAGAACAGCAGCAGCAGCAGAUGGGCCUGUGCCGACAAGAGUCGCCGUACCUGACGGGAAUGAAGACCUGCCACUGAGAAAGAGUCCACUCACACCUGGUGACUGUGACAGCGUUACUUACGUUCCGCUCUGAUCUUCAUAAUGAGUGGACCUGUUAGUUUUUAUGGAAUAGAAAGAGAUGGGAAUAUGCGCAGAAAAAUGUCAGUCCUGAUAGUUUGUAGCCAUCCAAUGCUUUGCAAAUCCAUCAGUGAAUGGGAACAAGGUCUCUUGACUGAAGACGUCAGGGGACGUAAAACUCAUCUGAUGCUCUGGAGUCGCUGAGGAUGUGAGCUUUGGUCUGAUUGGACAGAGCAUGACUCCCGGGUUCCUUGACAUUUAAGGUCUUCCUUUUUGAUUUAUUGUCUUCUUGAUUCGACCCUAGGCAGAAGACCAAGGAGGGAAUGUUGUCAUCAUUUAGAGGGCAACGAUUAAACAGUGACAUUAUUACAUCAUUAAAACUGCAAAGGAGGAGGCAGCCAAAACAGAACCUGAAUACAGACUUUUUAAAUGUCCAUAUAUCUGUCAUAUCAAGGUUAUGUCAAAUUUAGAUUUUAAUAUUGAUGAACUGGUCUGAAAUUACAGUUGUAAUGGUUUGGGUCUCAGUGUCUUUGAAACAGUUUAGAGAGCAUGGAAAAUGGCAAAAAAUGCAAAAAACUCAGUUCCACACCACUUCUGGGACUUCACGACACUUGUUGUUUAUUUAACCUGAACACUCUUUAACCCUACCCUGCCCACAAACCACAUACAACCAAAAAGUUAUAUAAAGAAUCUCACUCAACUAACGUAAGAAAAACAAAAAGCGCAGUCUGAUGACGUUAUUCCUCUCAUAACACGGCAACACAGAAUGUCUUAGUAGCAGCCUGUUUGAUUUCUUGGCAUGAGUUAGAAAGUUAGAAAAUGUCUCAAAACAUUUCUUCUGCUGAAUGUGCAAGAUGCUGCCAUCUUGCCAAUGCAAACACAGCAACACGACUCAAUACAAAUCUUCUGGCGUCACUGUUCACGUGUUGCACCCUCUGUCGUUGCUCAACUCCUUUCCUUGGUCUUCCUCCUAGGUUUGACCCCAGAAGCUUCCAGGUUUCAGGAAGUGCUCAACAGAUAUUAUAUAACAAGGUCAUAGGGGAUUCAGUUUUGCAUCAUGUGACUACUCAACUUGUAUAAUAAGAGGUUUAUUGAACACUAGAGGAAAAAAGUGUUAUUUAUGAGAAAAAAAGAUGAAGAUGUUUUACUUUUAUUAUUAAUCUCAACAUAUUCAUGCACUUUUUGAUUAACACUACUUCCCCUCUGUGAGUAUUUGAAUAGGUGGAGCUGAGGUGUGAUGGGGGGGAGAAAGUGACGACAGGCACUACUGCUGGUUGUGUUCAGUCAUAUUUACAAAAUAGUUUAUGAUUAUUAAUUAAAAAUGGUUGCCGGAUAUUAACCAUACAAAUGUUUAUUGCAAUAAAACACUGCUAAAACUACUUGUUAUGUUUGUUGCAAACACCGAAUCUGGUCUCUCAAAGCACUUUGCAAUAAAACAGAAGAGUCUGCUGUAAAGUUUAAAACAUUUUUUUUCUGUGCUUUGAACACAAGCAGUGGCUUUCCCUCCCUGUGCGUCUCUUCGAUAGCGAAUAGUAAACUGAUCUUCUUUAGAAAAGGGAUAUGAUUAUGAUGUUGUUCAUGCGAUUUUUAUCACGAUGAUAUGAAGAUAAAAUAAUAGCUGUUUUUUCUAUAAAAAAAGUUCACUCUGAUUUUGACUAUUUCAGGGAAGGAGGGGGUUAACACGUUAACUUGCUGUCUGUCGCAAUGUCAUGGCAUGAUUGUGUUUUCCUGUGUGAUUUGUUAACACACACAUGCACACACACACACACACACACACACACACCAACACACGUCAUGUUUUUGUUUAUGUUGGCCUUGUCGUGAUAAAUGCAUGAUACAUUUUAGGAUCCCACAACGUUUGACUAGGUGAUUCAAUAAGCUCUUUUCAAUUUCACCAAAUCUUCAUCUGAUACAACAACACAACUGUUCAUUCACUUAAACCUGAUUUGAGCUUAAACUCUCUUCACCACCCAUCCACAGUCCAUGAAUGGCUGUAGUGGCACAGUUGAUGCAGAUGUACGAGGUCGUGUAGGGAGGCGUCGUGAUAAAGUGACAGUUGAGGUUAAAAAAGGAAGAAGAUUUACACACCAUCUCGUUUGACACUUCAUGGUCAUUUUUACUCUGUACACAUCACCAGGUUUGUGCUUGAUGUUGACUGCCACGAUUAGCUUGACUUGAAAAAGGAACAGGCACACCCUGCAAACACACACACGACCAUUUGCUACAGACUUAUUGACAAGCUAUAGAGAGUGAAAAGCGAACACGUCAUGGCCUCCAAGUUUACCUUUCAACCUCCAGCAUUCGUUUGGGGCCUCUGUGUGAUGCAUCCAUCAUGAGGGUUCGGUUUAGGGUCUGAUCGCCUCAGUGCUUCUGGCAACAGAGAUAAUCCACUGGUUAAAGGUAACGCAGUGGCAGCUCCAGUAUCAGAAGGGUUAUUUUUCCUUCAGGUAGAUUUGUGGAUGUUACCUCUCUUCCAGACAUCCGCCAAUCUUACUGAAUAAUGUCGGUCACAAGCUCAAAAAUUAAAAUAAAAAAAAAAAAUGUGUUGAUUUGUGAUCUGUACUGACAAGCUCAAGUCAUCUGUGCAAGUGUGCUUGGCUGGGUCACUGCAUGAUUACGUGACCUUGCUGCAGGUUCAUAACUCUUCUAUCUUCAUGAGGUUGCCUAUCUCGAGUCAAGCAUAUUCUCUCUUUUUUCCCCACAAAAAAAAAAAACGUUCAUUUCCAUGCAUAUCAGACCAUUUGCAGUGCUCUUUCUUUCUUUGUGUCACAAUUCAAUACAGUAAAAUAUAUACAGUGAAUGAUUUUCAAUAGCUACCCUCUCCUUGUAGUGAAGUGUAAUACUCUAGAUACAAUGCAAUAGAUUCUUCUUUUUGCUUUUCUGUUUGUGUAACUUGGGAAAUUAUUUUUACAACUCAAAAGAAGUCCUCUCCUUUUGGCAUUUGGACCUGAUAAACAGCACAAGAAGAGCUGGCUUUGCUUUCAUGCAAGGCUUCCUGUUUCCAUAGAUAUAAUUUCAGCCAGAGAGGAAUGUAAAUCAUAGGGGGAAAUAUAUAUUAUAUAAAGUUGUAUAAUAUACAAAAUAUAUAUGAACCAAUGUUAUUUAUGUGAAUUUAAGUCCAAUUAAAAGUCUGAU